AUGCCGAGCAGUAACACUCACUGUGGGCCCCCAGGAGGCUCCUCUGGCUGUCCACUGCCUUCGGCCCCUACAGACCCUGGUCUCCCCCCGGGGGGCCCCCCAGGGGGCCCCCAAAUAGCUGCACAGCGGCAGGGUCCCGCUCAGCAGGUUGGCGCUUCCAGGGUACAGCAGGGAGGCCCCCCCCAAGGGGGCCCCCAGGGGGGCCCCCUUGGGGGCCCCCAGGGGGGCCCCCAGGGGGCCCCCGCUGCAAGCGGGGCCUUUCAUCGCGAAGCUCGGUUCCCGCUGCGGCCAGUGGAGAAUUUGCAUGUUAACCGAAAAUCCAAGCACAGAGAGCUGCAGCAAGUGAAACAUAAACAGCAGCAGCAGCAGCAGCAACAGCAGCAGCAGCAGCAGCAGCAGCAGCAGCAAGGGGGACAGCAUGAGGAACGAACGAAAGAACCGGAUUUUAAGAAGCAGCAGCAGGAGCUGCAACAGCAGCAGCAACAGCAGCAGCAGCAACAGCAGCAGCAGCAGCAACAGCAGCAGCAGCAGCAGGAAGGGAACGGCACGCGAGUGAAGCGAAAGCAGCACGGCCCAGCAGCACGAGCAGCAGCAGCAGCAGCAGGUCCAUCAGCAGCAGAAGCAGCAACAGCAGCAGCAGCAGCAGAAGGAGCAGCAGGAGCAUCAACAGCAGCGGGACCAUCCGUAUCAUCAUCAGCAGCAGGAGCAGCAGCAACAGCAGCAGCAGCAGCAGCAGCAGCAGCAGCAGCAAAAGGGGUUGCAGCUCCUCUCGCUAACCCCAAGAAACCUCGCCGACGUCCCCUUCAGGCUGCUGCUGCAGCACAGGGUACAGCAGCAAGGGGCCCCUCCUUUCGUAUCAAUCUAUCUAUGUAUGCUCAAAAAGCAGCAGGGGGCCCCCAGGCAGCAGGGGGCCCCCAGGCAGCAGGGGGCCCCCCAGCAGCGGGGGGCCCCCAGGGGGCCCCCGAGAGCUCCACUGUCUGCAAAGGAGGGGACGAGAGAGCAGCUGCUGCAGCGGGUAGCUGCGCACCUGCUGCAGCAGCAGCUGCAGCAGCAGCACAAACAGCAGCAGGAGCUGAGACAGAAACAGAAACAGAUCCAGAAGCAGAAGCAGAAGAAGAAGCAGCAGCAGCAGCAGCAGCAGCAGCAGCAGGAGCAGCAGCAGCAGCAGCAGCAGGAGAAAAGGUACCUGUAGCAGUAGCAUGUGCAGCCGACCCAGUUGCUCCCCUUCCUGCUGCUCCUCUAUCUAUGCGCCCCUCCUCCUCCUGCUCUUCCUCCUCCUCAGCAGCAGCAGCAGCAGCAGCAGGAGCAGCAGCAGCAGGAGCAGCAGCAGCAGCAGGUCCACUGGUGAUGAUAGUAAAAGAUGACGAAGAGAUAUGGAGUGAGUGGGAGGGGCUGAGGCUGCUGGGGGAGGGGGUGUACGGCCGGGUGUAUAUGGUGCGGCACCGAAAAACAAAAGAAGUUUUGGCCUUUAAGAGAAUGUAUUUACACUCCAGACGCAGAGACAUCAUCGGCAACACACACAACCACAACCACCAGCAGCAGCAGCAGCAGCAGCAGCAGCAGCAGCAGCAGCAGCAGCAGGGGAGGGAGCAGCAGGAGCAGCAGGAGCAGUUAGAGUUUAAUAAGGAUUUACAAAUAGCAGCAGCAACAAGAGGAGGAGGAGCUCUUCCUUCUGUGCUGCAGCGAGAAGUCUCUGUGUUGCAUGCGCUCAAAGACAGACAAAAUAUAAUAAAUAUAAAAAAAGUUUUUGUGGGGAGCCACAGAUGCUAUCUAGGCUUCCCCCUUGUCCUUGGGGGGACCCUAGCUGAGUACCUGCGUCGCUGUGCUUCGUGGGCAGAGUAUAUACGUCUCUGCAGCAGCAGCAGCAGCAGCAGCAGCAGCAACAGCAGCAGCAGCAGCAGCAGCAGCAGCAGCAAUAGCAGCAACAGGAGCAGCAGCAGCAGUCCAAAUAUCGACCCUUCUAUCCCUUCCUUCUCCCCCACCAAUUGUCUAUGCCGCACGAACCCCCAGCAGCAGCAGCAGCAGCAGCAGCAGCAGCAGCAGCAGCAGCAGCAGGAUGAGUGUGAGCUGGAUGAGCUGCCUAUACACCCCAAAUAUGCAGCACAAACUGCAGCACUCUUCUCCCAUACACUCCAAUACGGAACGCAGCAACAGCAGCAACAGCAGCAGCAGCAGCAGCAGCAGCAGCAGCAGCAGGAGCAGGAGCAGGGGGAGGAGGAGCAGGGGGAGGAGGAGGAAAUGCAGCAGCAGGAAGAGGAACUGCAGCAGCAGGAGGAACAGCAGCAGCACAGAAAGAAAAAAAAGAAACAGCAGCAGCAGCAGCAGCAGCAGCAGCAGCAGCAGCAGCAGCAGGAUGAUGAUGCAACUGACGACGAUACAACAACCGAAGAAGAAGAAAACCAAAAACAAGAAAAACAACAAACACAAACACAAACACAAAAACAAAAACAACAAAAACAAAAAGAAAAAGAAAAACAAAAACAAAAACAAAAAGAAAAAGAAAAAGAAAAAGAAAACGAAAACGAAGAAGAAGAAGAAGAAGAAGAAGAAGAAGAAGAAGAAGAGCUCGCUGCUGAUGCUCCUCUCCCCCCCCCGCUUGUCUCUGCUUUAUAUAUAGCGGACUUUGGCUUAGCCCGUACCCUCCCUUUCUUUACGCGCAGAGACUGCAGCAGCAGCAGCAGGGGGGCCCCCAGGGGCCCCCAGGGUGGGGGGGGGGGCACCAACAACAAUACAGGCACAAUACCAGCAGCAACAGCAACAGCAGCAGCAGCAGCAGCAGCAGCAGCAGCAACAGCAGCAGCAGAAGCAGCAUACACCCCAGCAGUGAAGAUGGAGAAACCCCCCCACUAUCACCAACAGCAUCAUUACGCCGCGCAGCAGCAGCAGCAGCAGCAGCAGCAGCAGGUACUGAUACUGGCGCUGCUGCAGCAGCAGCAGCAACAGCAGCAGCAGCAGCAGCAGCAGCAGCAGCAGCAGGAGGAGACAGCUGCUGCAACGAGCCUGGGGGACAGGGCAUCUGUCUCUCCCCCGAAAUAA